AUGGCUGAAUCUCACAGAUUAUACGUCAAGGGUAAGCACGUCUCCUACCAAAGAUCUAAGAAUGUCACCAACCCAAACACUUCUUUAAUCAAAAUUGAAGGUGUCGCUGACAAGGACGCUGCAAAGUUCUACCUCGGUAAGAGAGUUGCAUACGUUUACAAGGCAUCUAACGAAGUUAGAGGUACCAAGAUCAGAUGUAUGUGGGGUAAGAUUACCAGAGCUCACGGUAACAAUGGUUUAGUCAGAGCUCAAUUCAAGAACAACUUACCAGCAAAGACUUUCGGUGCAUCCGUUAGAAUCAUGCUCUACCCAUCCAACAUCUAA